AUUGAAGAGUAACAGCAACAGAAAUUUGGCAAACCCAUUAAACAUUGUAGUCCAAUUACAUUCUGUUGUAUAAAUGAUAUUUAAAGUGAGGGCAGAAGAGAAACUCAGCAACAGCCUGGAAGUUGAUUGCAGCACUGAGAACAUCAGAGACAGAUACAUCGUGAGUACUGCCUUUUCUUUACCAAGGUCUGAGUUACAGCCCAUUGUGACGAUGGCCAGUGGAGGGAGUAGGACUAUGGAGCUGGCAUGUUUGGGCCGUCCAUUCCAGUUGGGGAUGUUGUAUGACUGUCGCUCAGACUCUUUGAUCCCAGGGGUCACACUGUGGGACUUGGACACAUUGAAUAAUAACCUGUAUGAGCAUUCUAAGCACAACACAGAGUUUCACAUCAUUGCGUCAGACUGCAUUGAGGACAAAGCCAAGGCCUUGAAGGUGAUGGGGACAUUGAAGGCAAGCUUGCUGAGUGGAUUGGUUCAGGUGGAUGGUUCUGCAAAGUUCCUUACCGACACAAAGAAAUCUAAGGAACAGGCUCGAGUGACCCUCCAGUAUUCCACAACAACAAAGUAUAAGCAGUUGACAAUGAACCACUUGGGGCGAGGGAAUGUGUCAUACCCCUACGUGUUUGAUCAGGGCACAGCAACCCAUGUGGUCACAGCAGUGCUGUACGGAGCUCAGGCAUUCUUUGUGUUUGAUAGACAAGUCACUUCCUCAGAGAGCCUAACAGAUAUUCAGGGCAUUAUGAAUGGAGUCAUUGAGGCCAUCAAGAAUGUUGGAAUCGCGGGUGAAGGUUCCCUGAAGUUGACAGAAAAUUCAAAUACCCAGAAAUUGACCUGCACAUUUUAUGGCGAUUUUGCUCUUCCGAAGAAUCCCACUACAUUCCAAGAUGCAAUGAAUGUUUACUCAACUCUGCCAAAACUGUUGGGGGAGGAUGGAAAGCAUGCGGUGCCUGUCAAAGUCUGGCUAUACCCACUCAACCAGUUGGACUCAACGGCAGCUAAGCUUGUAUGUGAUAUCAGUAUAAAUCUGCUCAAUCGCUCACAGGCCAUACUGGAGCAAAUCAAUGAGGUUGAGAUGAAGUGCAAUGAUAUGAUGAAAGAUCAUGUCAGUGUUCAAUUUCCAGAGAUCAAACAAAAGAUCCUGAGGUUCAGAUCAAUGUGCGAGGAGUACAAACUGGGUUUCCAGAAGGCCUUGGCCAGAGUGGUACCAUCUAUUCGGGGAGGUGGGGAGGAGGAAGGGAAACUGGUUGAUAUUCUGAAGACCAUGGAACAAUCACCAUUCAGAAGCCAAUCACUCACUCAAUGGCUGGACGACAAGAACAAGGAAAUGUCUGUGGUCAGUGGUUAUCUCAAAAAAAUGAGUAACAUAAAAAUGGUGAAAUCAUGCAAUGAGUUGGUCUCGGAGACACAGGAUCAGGACACAGAGUAUGUGGUCUGCUUCAUAUUCACAUCGCUGCACCAGGAAGAUUUAAAUCUGUUAGAAAUGGCCAACCACCUUCAAUGUGAAAACAAUGGGCAAACCCAGCUUCAAACAUCAGAUCAGAAGCAAUGGUUUAAUUCAGGGACCGUGUCCCGUGAGAUGAGGGAGCGAGCACAAUUAUUUCUACGAUUUUAUACAGCCAACAAAUUGGACAAAAACAUGAAGUUCAUCGUUGCAUCUGAGCCAGACGAGGAGCAUGUUGGAGCUUCCAUUUACCUGUAUGAAGGAGGAGUUUUGGUGAGCCGCUGCUUCAAGCCUGCAGUUCCCUUUGUUUGUGGAAUGACACAUGACAGCAUAACUCUGCGGUUACAGGCACCAGACCCUGGCAAUUGCAAGACUGUACAGUACUGGGUGGAAUACCGCAGCGCCCAGGAGGAGGAAUGGAAAUCUCAAAACACAGAGGUGGGAUCAGACUUUUGCACCAUAACUGGUUUAUCUCCUUACCAGGAGUAUCAGUUCCAAUACAGAGCAGCAUGCAGCCCACCCAGUGAUAGUGUGCGUGUGACUACACUGCCCACAAGUGCCCCUGAGAAUGUUUCAAUGUGCCAGUUAGAGGGGUUUGAUGUGGAAGUCUCCUGGGACAGUCCUGCUCAGAUUGGACAUGGGGUCACUAUCGAUCACUACAAGUUGGAGUAUAGAGAAACGAGGAGCAGCAUCUCCAGCCCUGAGCCAGACACAUGGGAAAAGCUCAGCACAAAAGGCAGUAAAGGCAGUGAAGCUCUUUACAGGUUGAAGGGGCUGAAACCCAGCACAUCCUACACACUGAGGGUGUCUGCUGUGUGUGGACAGGUGGAGAGUGCACCCAGUUACCUGGCCUCAAUAACAACAGACAACAAACCAAAGCCACAGGCUCAAGGGCCUCUCAUAGAAAGUACAUUAAUUACCGGAAGCCAAACUAUUUACAAGCUCCCGUUAGGAAUACAGAAGUUUGGCAAGAAUAGAGAGAUCAUAAAAUACAGCUUUGGAAGCCACUCACCCACACACAGUGUGAAGACCAUCUUGCUCCUUGGAGAAAGGGAAUCUGGAAAAACCAGCCUCAUCGAUGCCAUGAUCAACUACAUCCUUGGUGUGGAAUGGGAGGACACAUUCCGUUACAAACUGACCGAGGAAGAAACAAAUAGCUCCGAGGCUGAAUCACCUUUAGUCAUUGUCUAUGAACUCAAUUACCAAGAGGGAUUCAAGAUUCCUUUCUCAGUAACUAUUGUAGAUACACCGAGAUUUGAGGACAUAGCACAAAAUAAACACAUCCCUGAAUACAUCAGAUGUUAUAAGUUCUCUCAUCAGAUCACAGAUCUCCUUUCUUCCCCAAAGGGUGUAACACAGAUCGAUGCCUUGUGCCUUGUUGUCCAAGCCUCCAUAGUGCAAUUAACAUCUGAACAGGAAUGUCAAUUUAGUUCAUUUCUUGAUACAUUUGGCAAAGAUAUUACUGAGAAUGUCCGUGUGCUGGUGACCUUCGCAGAUGAACAGCUUCCUCCUUGUUCUCGAGGCCAUCACCCAAUCUGA